AUGGAUGAGCACCUGAGCCUGCUGCGCUCUCCUGCACUCUUCUCGUGCCCACACCGGGGUGACGCCACCCUGGUGAACCACGGCUACACCGAGGCGGAGCGCGAGGACGCCAUGACGGUGGUGACAUGUGGAGAGAACAGCACCAGCGCACCAGAGGAACCGGGGCUGCACUCACUCGAGCACUACCAGCCCGAACACGAGUGCUGCGAGCGCGUGGUCAUCAACAUCUCAGGUCUGCGCUUCGAGACGCAGCUCAAGACCCUCUCGCAGUUUCCACACACUCUGCUCGGCAAUCCGAAGAAACGGAUGCGCUACUUCGACCCCCUGCGGAACGAGUACUUUUUUGACCGGAACAGACCGAGCUUUGACGCGAUUCUGUACUACUAUCAGUCUGGCGGCCGGAUUCGGAGACCUGUGAGCGUCCCGAUUGAGAUUUUCUCUGAAGAGAUACGCUUCUAUGAACUGGGUGAGGAAGCGAUGGAGAAGUUCAGGGAGGAUGAGGGAUUCAUUAAGGAAGAAGAGCGACCGUUACCGACGCAUGACUUCCAGCGGCAGGUCUGGCUCCUGUUCGAGUAUCCGGAAAGUUCCGGUCCGGCACGUGGCAUUGCCAUCGUCUCGGUGCUCGUUAUUCUCAUUUCAAUAGUCAUCUUCUGCUUAGAGACUUUACCUGAAUUCCGAGAGGACAGCGAUCGUGAAACGACUUACAGCGUCAACUCAGUGAACGGAACCGCCACCGCCAUGCCGAGUCCCUUCUCUGAUCCGUUCUUCGUCGUAGAGACGCUGUGCAUCAUCUGGUUUUCGUUCGAGCUUCUCGUGAGGUUCUCCGCCUGCCCCAGCAAGGCGACCUUCUCCAAGAACAUCAUGAACAUCAUCGAUAUCGUCGCCAUCAUUCCGUACUUCAUCACGCUGGGAACGGAGCUGGCGGAGCGUCAGGGGAACGGUCAGCAGGCCAUGAGCUUAGCGAUUCUCCGGGUCAUCAGACUCGUUCGUGUUUUCCGGAUCUUCAAGCUGUCUCGGCACUCCAAAGGUCUUCAGAUUUUAGGACAGACCCUGAAGGCGAGUAUGAGGGAACUCGGGUUGCUCAUCUUCUUCCUGUUUAUCGGGGUGAUAUUGUUUUCCAGUGCGGUGUACUUCGCUGAAGCAGAUGACCCCGAUUCAGGUUUCAACAGCAUCCCGGACGCUUUCUGGUGGGCCGUCGUGACGAUGACCACAGUCGGAUAUGGAGACAUGCACCCCGUCACCAUCGGGGGUAAAAUCGUCGGAUCGCUGUGCGCCAUCGCCGGAGUCUUGACCAUCGCUCUGCCCGUGCCGGUCAUCGUCUCAAAUUUUAACUAUUUCUAUCACCGAGAGACGGAGGGUGAGGAGCAGGCGCAGUACCUUCACGUCCAGAGCUGCCAACCGCUGUCGUCUUCGUCUGAGGAGCUGAAGAAGACUCGCUGCUCGUCGCCGUCGUCGUCCCUGAGUCGCUCGGAGUACAUGGUGGAGGAGGAGGACGGCUUCACCCAACCGAACUUUCCUUCUCAGAACAACCAGAACUGUGUGCAGAUCAAGAAGAUCUUUACUGAUGUUUAA